UCGGUGGAGAGGAUCGUGCAGUUCUAAUUGACUGCGAAAACUGUGCACUCGACAAAUUCUCGGCUACAGACAAGUUUAGUUACGUGCGUGCAGUGCAUAUGUGAAUUUUAGUACAUUGCAUGAGCGAACUGAAAAAUUCACUUUAGUGCGCGGCAAAGUAAACCUCGACAGGCGAAUAGUUUUCCACGCUAACCCUCUCUGUAAUUAGAGUAGCGGUGUGAUAGCUAGAAGUGAUUGUGUAAUCAGCAGUGCUAACGAAGUUGCAUCCACAAAUUCGGUGCCCAGUAGUUGCUCUCGUCGAAAACAGAAGAAAACAUUCACCUUCUAUAUUGAUAACGCUAAGCUGGGAAGAAACAGUGAACAAGAAGUGUCUCUCCGACGCACUGUCGGCAUUUGGGGUGGAUUAGUGAGAUAAAAUUUGCGAAUGCAAUCUCUCGUCGGAAAGUGUUGACGCAAUUAUAGAGAAGUGUAGAAGAUUAGUACAAAGUGUUUGCUGCCAAGUGUUUCUGAGAACGGCCGGGCGCCAUGGCUGAAGCCCAUUCAGCUGUUGCAUUUUCCUUCUCGAUCACCCACGAAGGAUGGCACCUGAACUACGACCGGGAAGUGCUGCACCUGGUGUGGCAGUCCGGUAUCAGAUCCUGGAAGAAGCGGCUGGCGCGGUUUAGGAGUGGCGUACACAAUGGCGUUUAUCCUGCACAUCUUCAGAGUCUCUGGCUGGUAAUAGCGGUCGCCGUGGCACUCCAUUUCUCUCAGAGGCGCGUUCCAUUCAAUUUAGUUAGUAAAUUUUUAGGAUUAUUACCCGGUGACACGGUAGGCUAUCAAGUGACGGCAUGCGGUCUGGCGGGUCUCUUCUUCUGGCUGUGCAUUUGUUACACAAUGCGAUACUCGCUCAAACUGUUACUAAUGUACAAAGGAUGGAUGUACGAAAAGCGUGCCCCGGGUAGUAAGGUUUCUUUGCCGACGCGAUUGUGGGCCCUUCUUGUCAAAGUAUUAGCUACGUGGAACAAACCCGGUCUGUACAGUUUCCAGGGAUCUUUACCACGAUUGCCAUUACCUAGUGUCAAGGACACUAUGUCGAGGUAUUUGCGAUCGGUUCGUCCAUUGCUGGACGAUGAUAACUAUACGCGCAUGGAACGGUUGGCCAAGGAGUUCGAAAACACGAUUGCUCCCAAACUGCAACGCUAUCUGUUGCUGAAAAGCUGGUGGUCUACUAACUAUGUGUCUGAUUGGUGGGAGGAAUACGUUUAUCUACGUGGUCGAGGUGCUCUGAUGGUGAACAGCAACUUUUAUGGAAUUGAUGCCAUCUUUACGAAACCCACUUCAAUCCAGAGUGCUCGCGCUGCUUGCGUUAUCCAUAUGUUGCUGCAGUUCAGAAGGACUGUCGAGCGACAGGAACUAGAACCCAUUCUAGUCCAGGGGCUGGUCCCGUUAUGCUCUUGGCAGUAUGAGCGCAUUUUCAAUACUGUUCGUGUUCCGGGCGUUGAAACCGACAAGAUUGUCCAUUAUCAGGAUUCUAAUCACAUUGUGGUGUUGCAUCGUGGUUGCUAUUAUAAAGUUGUCAUCUACCAUAACGGACGUAUUUUGCGGCCUUGUGAAGUACAGAUACAGAUCGAAGAGAUCCUAAACAGCAAGGAAAAGCCACAGCCUGGAGAAGAACUGCUUGCGUCGUUGACUGCAGGCGAUCGUACCAAGUGGGCCAAAAUCAGAGAAUCGGUGUUUGCCAAGGGCGUGAACAAGACGUCGUUACAUCUGAUUGAAAGUGCGGCAUUUGUGCUUUCAUUGGACGAGCAUCCCUUCGAGUUCGACAUGGCCCAUCCAGAGAAGUUAGAUCAACUGGGACGAUAUUUACUGCAUGGAAAUGGGCACGACAGAUGGUUCGAUAAGAGUUUUACGGUCUGCGUUGGAUCCAAUGGAAGAAUUGGAUUCAAUUCCGAACACACUUGGGCUGAUGCUCCUGUGAUGGCACACGUUUGGGAGAUCAUUGUUGCAGAAGAGCAGACAACUAAACGAUACGACGAAAAUGGAAACACCAUCGGUAUUCCAGAGUUUGAACCACCAAAACCGAAACGUCUGGCGUUCGAUCUUGACAAUGCGGUAGCGCUGGACGCUAUCCAGGAAGCACACCUCUCCGCGCAACAGUUACUCAACGAUGUUGACCUGCGCAUCUUUGUCCACGACGCGUACGGCAAGGGAUUGAUGAAGAAGUGUCGUCUAUCGCCGGAUGCCUACCUCCAGAUGGCACUGCAGCUGGCCUAUUACCGCGAUGCCGGUAAGUUCUCGCUCACGUACGAGGCAUCGAUGACCCGCCUGUUCCGCGAAGGCCGUACCGAAACCGUUCGUCCCUGUACGAUCGAGUCUUCGGCGUGGGUCAAGGCGAUGGAAGAUCCCACCGUUGGGGUCGAAGAGCGGGUUAAACUGCUAAACAAUGCAUGCGAUCGUCAUCAACUGGGCUACCAGGAUGCCAUGUGUGGCAAUGGAAUUGAUAGGCAUCUGUUCUGCCUGUACGUCGUAUCCAAGUACUUGGAACUGGACUCACCCUUCCUGAAGGAGGUGCUCAGCGAACCGUGGAGGUUGUCCACUAGUCAAACACCACACGGUCAAACCUCCAAAAUGGAUUUGAAAAAACAUCCAGACUGUAUUAGUGCUGGUGGCGGCUUCGGACCCGUCGCCGACGAUGGCUACGGUGUGUCAUACAUCGUCGCCGGCGAAGAUUUGAUAUUUUUCCACAUUUCAUCCAAGAAGAGUUGUGGAACGACGAAUUCGGAAAGAUUCGCCCAGCAGAUCGCCAGGGCUCUGGCCGACAUCAAGCACCUGUUCGAGCAAUACAAAGCGCACCAGCAAAAGCAGAAAAGCGUAACCAACGGUACGGCCAACUAAGUUCGGAUUGUGCCAGCUAGCUGACCUGUUGUUACUGUCCGAUCGGCACAGUAACGGGUGUGGCUGUCCACUCCAGCACCGCACUUCCAAGCGACAAGAACUGAUUAACCAUCGAACAUAUCCACCGUUUCCAGAAACGCGCAUAGCCGCCACGUGCAUCGUGGAUGCUAUAAUCUUGUUUUGUUAUUACUACUACUUUUUAGGUUCAUGAAUUACUCUGUGUAAAUUAAUAUGUUUUAGGAAUAAAAUUUAUUUUAGUGUAUAGCACCAUUUAUAUCUCACGAGAGAAAGAAGGAGGUGUUGAUAUUAAAAUGAACCCGUUUUGUUGAGAGCUUUUAGAAUUAGAUAUUAAACGGGAAAAGAACACCCCCGAUUAAUAAAAAUGUGUCUUUGAUAAAACUCUGA